CUGCAGCGAGCGUGGCGGGAGGGCAACAGCAGCCGGCUGGAGCUGGGGAGCCUGAACGCCGAGCUGGCACGCGUCAUGGGGGUCCUGGGGAAGACGGAGAAAGAGAUGCAGGAGGUGCAGGGGAAGCUCAACAACAGCGAGAGCACUGUGGCCAUCCUGCGAUCCUGCACGGCUAUAGAUUGCUGCCCCUCCGGCUGGCUGCUGUACAGGGGCAAGUGCCUCUUCAUCUCGUCCGAGAAGAAGACAUGGGAAGACAGCAGAGAUGAGUGCGAGAAGAAAUAUUCCCAGCUCUUGGUCACCAAAUCCUGGAGUCGCUGGACUGUGCCGACCUUCUUGAAGAAUGCAGACAUCCCAUACUGGAUUGGGCUGCAGAAAAGCAGCUUCCCCUGGUAUGACUACGGCUGGCUGGAGGAAGAGGACCCGGAUGCCGAUGGGGUCUCAGACGCCUGGUUCUGGGUGGAUGGCUCUCUUUACGAAAGGCCGUGGCAGUCAAAGUCGAACGGGUCCUGUGCCAUAAUAAGCCGCGGGAACAUCAAACCCGCCCAGUGCGCUGGUCCCAACGACCUGCACCUCUGGAUCUGCGAGAAGGCAGCGGGGCCGAGCUCCCCUUUCAUGUGA